GACUUGGUAUUCGUGAAAGACCCCAGCCAUGUGGAAGUUGAUCCUGCUCACAACCGUUGCCUUUUCAGGCUUAGUGGCUCUCAACGCCGACGAGGAAGCAGAGGUUCCCGUGUUCCCGCCUGUGGCUAAGCCUUGUUCGGACGGCGAAGAGUGGAAGACGUGCGUGAGUGGAUCGUGUGCCGAAACUACGUGCGAGCGUAGGGUGCUUCCCAAUGCGUGCACGGAAGACUGCAACUACGGCUGCUACUGCAGUGAUGGUUACUACCGCAAUGGAGAGGCUUGUGUGACGCUUGAGCACUGCCCCGACGCGUCGGAUGCCCACCACGAAAAAGAGGAACACCACGAAGAAAAGAAAGAUGAUUAAAUGCUUAAAUAAAAUUAAAAUGAGAUGAACAAAAUACA